AUGGCAUCUUACGUUUUCCGUUGCAUUGUUUUGCAACUGCUGCUGCUGAUUUUGGUUGCUGCUGCUGCUGCAGAUCAUUCAGACGAUGGUGUCAAUCACAAUUCUUCCUACGCUAGUGCAACAACAGCUGCGGACACCGGCGGGCGAGACCUGGCCGUUGCGACGGAAGAGAUGAGGAGAGCCAACUACUUCACUUUCGUGAUGCUGCUGAACAUGAUGAUGGCCGAUCAACAGGACGCCGCCGGCAACCUCACCUUCCUCAUGCCCAACGACCGCAUCUUGUCGAGGAUCACAUUCAAGACCCAACAACAAGAAGCAGAAACACAAGUCGACGACGACGAGCAGUCAUCAUCAUCAUCAUGGUCUGUUAGGGAAUUCAUGCUUCGUCAUUCCAUCCCCUCCCCGUUGCUGUUCGACCAUCUCUGGCACUUCCCGUCGGGUUCCACCAUCCCGAGUUCCAGCCCGGGGUACGUGCUUCACGUCCGCAACGACAACGACGUUAGCAGCAAAUGGUGGCGGAGGAGGAGGAGCAACGGCGGAGGAAGGGGGAACUACAACUUCUCCCUCAACGACGUCAAGAUCAUCAGCCCCAAUAUAUGUACCUCUCCGGCCUCCUCCAUAAGAUGCCACGGGAUCGACGGCGUGCUUCCCCUCCGGCCGAUUUCCACUCCUACUUGUGGGCCGAAGUCCGCUGGUCCACCUGACGUCGGCGGCGAUGAUGUUGGGGUUGCCACUAGUCCGGCACCCUCCACCACCCACGUCGACCCCAUACAACCUUCGCCUUCCUCUCCUCACAAGAGAUCAUCGUCGUCGUCUUUGUCGUCCUCACCUGCUGGGCUUUCUUCUCAACUGCUCCUCCUCUUAUUCGUGUUUGUAUCAUGUUGGGCCUAG